AUGUCGCAACCGCUUUGCAGCUGCGAUUUAUCGCCAUGGCGGCCGUCUCUUUACAAUGUUCAGGAUCCUACGCACAAGUUAGAACACAUACUCCGCCAGAUUGGUCAGCAGCAUCGCUUGAAAGAUCUGAUCCGGCUCGACGUCUCGGACCUCUGGCUCCCUGUCCCGAAGAAGAUAGUCCAAAGACUGUUGGGACACAGGUAUACCAAAUCCUUCUUGAACUCACAAAGCCAACAUAUGGACGAUGAUCUGCAGCUGAAUCUUACCGGCGAACACGUUGCUCUACUUGACUCAGACUCAAUCGGAUUUGACGAGGGCGAGCUACUCGGAAAGGGGGGCUUCGGCGAGGUCUAUCAAGUCUUCCAUCCAUGGACUGAGAUCGGAUAUGCGAGAAAAGUCAUCACUCGCCCUACUUACAAGUAUCAAGAGCAUCGGGAUGUAAUGAAAUGCUUCAAGCACGAGCUUUCUGCAAUGCAGCGAGUGCAGCAUCUUCAUUGUGUAGAUCUGGUAGCAUCGUGUACCUCGCCGGAAGCAGUCAUCCUCGUUUCAUCACCUGUAGCGGACCGAAAUCUUGCCCAGAUGUUGAAUUCCGAUCUCUCGAACCUCGAUUUUGAAAUACUUCGCACUUCUCUUGGAUGUAUCACUCACGAGUUUACCAAUGGCGAUGCGUCGACCACAACAGGUCCAGCAGAGCACACCACACCCCGCUAUCGAGCUCCAGAAGUCCUCGACUGUGAGCCUCGAAACAGACUUACAGAUAUAUGGGGUUUAGGUUGCGUACUAUUCGAAAUCCUGGCUCGGUUGCAAGGCCACAAAUUGAGUGCUUUGAUAGGAACAUGGCAUGAGACUGAUAACAGAGAGGUCAGCUUCGCCAGGAAUUUACAGGCUGUCGCCCACUGGUUCGAAAAGUUGACAGGUGAGCGCGACAAUACACAGCACGGCUAUAAUCGCAAGUACACGUGGCUGUGUUCCUUCACCUACUAUGUAAUGCUCAAUCAGACGAGACUACGGCGACCGUCAGCGGCACAAGUUCUGAGGAGGCUGCAAGAUUUGGACGCAAUCUAUCCAGUCGAUAUAAUAGUGAAGCCUUGUUGUGUGGUCCGUGCAGCGUCUAUCACAUCACGAAUGGCCUCUUCCGAUUGCAUUCCGCAGUGGCCCAUCUUGGACUUGAUGUUGGCAGACAAGAACUUGUCACACAUUUUCCUCGACACGAACCUCCACAUACUCGGUAUGAGCGGAAACAUAUCGAAUCUCCAUGAUGUGAUGGCGGUUGCCACGACCCAAUUCAAUCCUUCCAGACUCGUGGACCUUCUUCCGAUUCGGACUGCAAUGUCUGGUAUACAAACCAUGGCUCGUUCGAUGCUACCUACUGGGAGCACCCAGGUAUUUGGGCUAGGGAAGGACGGUGACCUUCUUGCAGAAUUACUAUACAGCACAUUCACUGCAAGUAUCAUAGAUACACUUUUCAGGGUUGACACACUCAACCUCAUAUUGGAUGAAGACAUGCUACCUCGGCCGCGAACAGUCCAACUGAGUCUACUUACGGUCUGUCUAGAGCGCCUCCCUGACUACAAAGUCCCUUUCUUGGUCCUGACCUUCAACCCUACCGAAAGAGAAGUCACAGGUCUGUCCUACCGAGAGGGAAAAGAGCUCUGGACCGAUGGUCUUAGUAUUGCUGCUGUGACAUUUGGAAAGAUAGAGACGGAAAAAUAUGGAAUCAUUGCAAAGGCUGUGGAAGCGCGACGAGCAAGAUACAACAAGCUUCUCAACGAAAACAGAAUCAUCGUAAAGGUGAACUUCAUGACGCACUCUCUUGACAAUGAGAACAGGAAGCUGACAAAUUGA